UGCCGCAACAACGACGACGUCGACUAUUAAAGGUGUGAGUGGCAGCAGUGCACCGAUUACUACACUACCUUCAAUAACAUCAACUGCAAAACCAUCGUCAGCAACACCAACCUCGGUAAAACCCAUAACAACAGUAACACUACCAUUAACAUCGACAUAUACAAAUCCGAACACAGGCAACAGUCCUACCAUUGCUCCAAAACCUAUUUCAUCAACUAUUAUUCUUCCGAGUUUCCCGCCGACAUAUACAAAUCCGAACGCAGGCAACAGUCCUACCAUUGCUCCAAAACCUAUUUCAUCAACUAUUAUUCUUCCAAAUUUCCUGCCUCCUGGAAAUAAUCCACCUGCAACAGUAAGUACUAAAAAUACAAUUACAGUUACUUAUCAAUCCGUUCAGCAAACUAUUAGGACUGAGAGUAAAAAUAACGAAUCAAAUUCUCAGGAAAAACCACAAAAUGAAAUGCCUACACAAACAACUACUACUGAGAGUAAUUUGCCUACUUCGCAGGGAAUUCAAACUUCUAUUAGAUCUUCACCUAAUUCCAGCACAAAAUAUCUUACAUCCACUUUGGCAACUUCCGCCACAAAAUUAAUUACUACCACUUUGGAGAAUUCUUCCGUAAAAAUAAUCACUACCGUUGUGUCGUCAUCUACAGUAGUAGUUACUACUUCAAUUGUGUCUGAUAUUUUUUCAAGUGCUAAUUCAUUUCUGCUCAUUGAUACGAUUUUUGAAAGGAUAAUAAUGACUUCAAUUUUCUCUUUUGGUUUAAGUUUAAUUUUUAUUCGAUGA